UCUUUGAGUGCUUUGAGAGGAGGUGUGGAGUGGAGCCCUCUGCGACUUGGUUGUAUCUAGUGAGCUGUGUGUGCUGUAUCGAAUUUUACUGUACUGUGUAUAUGUGUAUGUAUCAGUGUGUGUAAGAGAGUGUGUGUUGACAGAUUGGCCUGUGUGUGAGUGCGUGUACACUUUUGCCUGUGUGUUUGUCAGUAUAUGUAGGAGUGUGUGAGUUUACAGGUUUGUAUGUGUGUAUGUGUUUGUAUGUGUGUAUGUCUUCUUGUGUGUAUGUGUGUAUUUGUCUGACGUGUGUUUUUCCAGCUUUGCUUGUGUGUAACUAUGCGUGUUUUGUGUGAAUCUGGGUGUUUGUAAGAGUUUGUGUGAGUAUAAGUUCACUUCUGUGUAUUUCUGUGUGUGUGCCUGUGUGUGUGCCUGUGCCUGUGUGAGUGCCUGUGUGUGUGUGUGUGUGUGUGUGUGUGUGUCUGUGUGUCUGUGUGUGCACGUGCCCAUCCCCUUUUGCCCCUUGUAUCUAUAUUACCUGCACCUCAGUGCAAGAGAGUGUAGAGGCCAGAAGUCACCCCGGCUGCUGUUCCUGAGGUAGCAUUAGUACUGAUAAAAUGCCUACAGAGACUGAGGAGGAGUUACCAACCCCUACACCCGAGCCCAGUAUCUCUGAGGAGGGCAACUUCCAUUCCCAAUACCAAGUAUUGGGGACAAUUGGGCAAGGGGGCAACGCCAAAGUCCUCCUGGCCCACCACCGGCUCACAGGAACCCCGGUGGCUGUCAAAGUUCUGCGAAAGGACAAGCAGUGGUUCCAGCCAGCCAUGAUGGAAGCAAACAUAAUGAGAAAGAUCAACCACCCCAACAUAGUGUCUCUCAUACAAGUUAUUGAAAAGGAAACGAGAAUAUACCUCAUAAUGGAGCUGGUGGAAGGCCAAGAACUCUACCAGUACAUCAGAGAGUCAGGGCACAUAGAGGAGGAUGAGGCCCGGCAAAUAUUUGAACAGAUAUUGUCAGCAGUGAGCUACUGCCAUGGAAAGGGGAUUGUUCACCGAGACCUCAAACUGGACAAUAUAAUGAUUGAUAAAAACAAAAAGGUCAAAGUCAUCGACUUUGGGCUUAGCACCCAAUUUCAACCUGGAAAAAUGCUAAACCACCACUGCGGCACGUACUCUUUUGGUUCCCCUGAACUCCUCCUUGGCCAUCGGUAUGACGGGCCGAAGAAUGAUAUGUGGAUUAUAGGAGUGGUCUUGUACUGUAUGGUAGUGGGAAAGCUCCCAUUUGAUUCAGUGAUCAUCCAAGAACUGCAAAGACAAGUAGUGGCAGGGGUAUAUCCUGCUCCCUGUGGGGUUUCAAAAGAACUGGAGGACCUCCUUAGUAAAUUACUGAGGGUAAAUCCCAACUUUAGACCAACAGCAAGAAAGGCGAUGAAACACCCUUGGUUCAAAGAACACUGGAACGGAUUGAUAGGUCCCUAUGAAGAAAUGCUUCCCCUCACACCAGACCCGGCCAUUUUGGAUGCCAUGAAAAGCAUUGGAUUCCAAGCCUCUGUAGUAAAACACUCUUUAAAACAAAGAAAAUAUAAUGAGGAAAUGGCAACUUAUUUCUUUCUACAAAAGCAGGCUCUCCAGGGGGAUGGCUGCACAGCCCAGGCACAGCAAGUGAGUCCCGUUGCAGCACCAUUCCCUAGCCUUGAUCCUGCUGCUGCUUUUAGAUUAGAACCAAAGAGGAGUGGAAGCCUGCCAGUCCUUGGCACCUUGCGGGUGUCAUCCUCCCAUGGUCACGUAUCUCACUAUGGCCAGAAUGCUCAUCCAAAAGGAGGCAAAAGAUCCACUGUGGCUGGUUGUCUCAGGCCUCUACCGAUGACACCUACACAGGACCACUAUCACAAAUGUGCCGUGAGUGUCCCAUGCAUUCAAACAACAAGCAUCUUCACUGAGAAGAGUAGCAAUAAGGAAAUCAAAGAAGACAACCCACUCUCCCACAGAGCCCCAUUAGAGGAUAAGCCCAUCCCCAGCAGGGUCCGGCACAGAGGUUUUAAGGGGUGGACCAGGAAUAUAGCAAAUGCCCUGAUAAAGCUGUGUUGCUGCAUGCCAAGGAGAAAGAAACCUCGCCUGGGGCAGAACAGAAUCUCCCCCCAGAAAUGAGCCACAGGGAGAGUCCAGAGAACAAGCAGCAGGCAUAGCCCAGUGUCAUCUGGAAAUUCUUUCAUGUCCUCAGUAUAAACAGUAGGUGAUUUCAGACACAUGGCAAUGGAAAAGACACCAGCAGAAACUACAGCAGCAACAGGAGUAGCAACAAUAGCAGAAGCAGCAUUAGGCACAGCAGCAGCAGGAGGAGGAGAAGGAGGAGUGUAGGAGGAGGAGGAGGAGGAGGAAGAUGAAGAGAGGAGAAA